AUGGUUGGGGGUGCGGUCUUACAGGACCGCCUCGAGGCAUGGGCACAAAGGUUGAAUAACCUCACUGUGUCUCCAUUGACCCGCGAUUAUCCCGACACACAAACUACUGACAACAAGAGGGCCAUUGAGGCCUUUGAGUCUCUCCAACUCCCCAAGGAAUCCCAAUCGCAGCUACAGAAGAUCUCCGGCUCUUCCUCGGCCUUCACAGUCUUCCUCACUGCUUUUGUCGUUCUGGUGGCUCGUCUGACCGGCGAUGAGGACAUCGCUGUGGGGACCAGCUCUGACGAGGAUGGUCGUCCAUUCGUGAUCAGGGUCCCAAUCGAUGCCUCGGAGACCUUUGUCCAGCUCUAUAAGAAGGUUGACCAGGCGUUCAAGGAAGGCGCUUCCCAGAUCGUCCCACUGGGCAGCCUUCGCUCUUACAUCCAAGAAAAGUUGAACUCCGAACGCACUCCCGUCCUCUUCCGCUUUGCUGCCUAUGAUGCACCUGCUGCUUCGCAGGAAUAUCCGGCCAACACUUUUGAUACCACUGAUCUAGUGGUCAAUGUUGCCCCCGGUAACCUCUCUGAUGGUGCGGCCCACGAGGUCGAAUUGGGGGCCUACUAUAACCAGCGUCUGUUCUCAAGUGCCCGUAUUGCAUUCAUCUUGAAGCAGCUUGCUCGCAUUGCUAGCAAUGCCGCCGCGAACCCGGAGGAAGCUAUUGGUCGCAUUGACCUGAUGACUGAGGAUCAGCGCGCACUCUUGCCCGACCCCACGUCCAACCUGAACUGGUCUAACUUCCGCGGUGCUAUCCACGACAUCUUCUCCGCAAACGCAGAGAAACACCCCAGCAAGCUCUGCGUGGUUGAGACUGAGUCAAGCACCUCGCCCCACCGCGAGUUCACUUAUCGCCAGAUCAAUGAGGCUUCCAACAUUCUCGGACACCAUCUGGUUCAGUCUGGCAUUCAGCGGGGAGAGGUCGUUAUGGUCUAUGCCUACCGUGGUGUUGAUCUUGUGGUGGCCGUAAUGGGUAUCUUGAAGGCCGGUGCCACCUUCUCCGUUAUCGACCCUGCCUACCCACCAGAGCGCCAGAACAUUUACCUCGAUGUUGCUCGUCCCCGCGCUUUGGUCAACAUUGCCAAGGCCACAAGGGAUUCAGGUGAACUCUCGGACAUUGUGCGCACCUUCAUUAACGAGAACUUGGAACUCCGCACUGAGAUCCCUGCACUUGCCUUGCUUGAUGACGGAACCCUCACCGGUGGAUCUGUGAACGGUCAAGAUGUCUUCACCAACGAAGUUGCGCUGAAGUCUCAACCUACUGGAGUCGUUGUUGGCCCCGACUCUAUUCCCACUCUGUCUUUCACAUCCGGCUCGGAGGGUCGGCCAAAGGGUGUUCGCGGCCGCCACUUCUCCCUCGCCUAUUACUUCCCUUGGAUGUCUGAGACUUUCAAGCUUACCCCAGAUGAGAAGUUCACAAUGCUGAGUGGUAUCGCCCACGACCCUAUCCAGAGAGACAUCUUCACUCCCUUGUUCCUGGGUGCCCAGCUGCUGGUUCCUGCUCGCGAGGAUAUUCAAAAUGAGAAGCUCGCCGAGUGGAUGCAGAAGUUCGGCGCCACUGUCACGCACCUGACACCUGCCAUGGGUCAAAUUCUGGUGGGCGGUGCUUCCGCCCAAUUCCCUGCCCUUCACCACGCAUUCUUUGUUGGUGAUAUCUUGAUCAAGCGUGACUGCCGUUCUCUCCAAGGACUUGCACCUAACGUGGCUGUCGUCAACAUGUACGGUACCACCGAGACCCAACGUGCCGUCAGCUAUUUCGAGAUCCCCAGUUACUCCAGCCACGAGGGUUACCUCGACACAUCAAAGGACGUCAUCCCGGCAGGCCGUGGAAUGUUGGACGUCCAAAUGCUCGUUGUCAACCGCUACGAUCCUACUCGCCUCUGUGCUAUUGGAGAGGUCGGUGAGAUCUAUGUCCGCGCUGGUGGUCUUGCAGAGGGCUACCUUGGUUCCCCUGAGUUGAGUGCGAAGAAGUUCCUGACCAACUGGUUUGUCAAGCCUGAAGUCUGGGCCGAGAAGGACCAGGCCGAAGCGAAGAACGAGCCCUGGCGUCAAUUCUACGUUGGCCCUCGGGAUCGUCUCUACCGCAGUGGAGAUCUUGGUCGGUACACACCAUCCGGAGAUGUUGAGUGCUCCGGUCGUGCGGAUGACCAGGUGAAGAUCCGUGGUUUCCGUAUUGAGCUUGGUGAGAUCGAUACUCACCUUUCUCGUCACCCGCUGGUCCGUGAAAACGUGACUCUGGUGCGAAGAGAUAAGGAUGAGGAGCCAACUCUGGUCAGCUACUUUGUGCCCAACAUGACCAAGUGGGCCUCGUGGCUCGAGAGCAAGGGUCUUGCGGACGAUGAGAGCGCUGAGGGCAUGGUCGGCCUUCUGCGGCGUUUCCGUCCACUCCGUGAUGAUGCUCGUGAGCAUCUCCGGAGCAAGCUCCCUACAUACGCAGUUCCCACUGUCAUCAUUCCUCUGAAGCGUAUGCCGCUCAACCCGAACGGCAAGAUUGAUAAGCCUGCGCUUCCCUUCCCCGAUACUGCUGAGCUGAGCGCAGCUGCGCCCCGCCGUCGCUCAUCUGCGAUGCAGGCUCUCUCUGAGACUGAGCAGGCUCUGGCUCAGGUGUGGGCUAAGCUCAUUCCCAAUGUGACUUCGCGCAUGAUUGGCUCCGACGACUCCUUCUUCGACCUUGGAGGACACAGUAUCCUGGCCCAGCAAAUGUUCUUCGAGCUCCGUCGCAAGUGGCGUGGUAUUGACAUCAGCAUGAACGCCAUCUUCCGUAGCCCUACCUUGAAGGGCUUUGCCGGCGAAAUUGAUCGCCUGCUGGCCAUGGAGUCCUUUGCAACCAGUGAUGACAAGACCCUUGCCAGCGCUGUGCAAGCCUCCCAGCCCGAUGAUGAGUAUUCGAAGGACGCCGUUGAGCUUGUGAGCCAGCUUCCUCAGACGUUCCCUGAGCGCACUGAUGCUAUGCUUGCCUCCGAGCCCCUUGUCUUCCUGACUGGUGCGACUGGUUUCUUGGGUGCUCACAUCCUGCGUGACCUCCUGACCCGCAAGGCACCCUCCACCAAGGUUGUUGCCUUGGUUCGCGCCAAGACCGAAGAGCAGGCCCUUGAGCGUAUCCGCGCUACUUGCCGUGCCUAUGGCUUCUGGGAUGAAGCCUGGACUUCCAAGCUGCGAGCCCUCUGUGGUGAUCUUGGAACUCCUCAAUUCGGCCUGACACAGGCUGUGUGGGACGAUCUCACCAACACUGUCGAUGCUGUCAUUCACAACGGAGCUCUUGUCCACUGGGUCUACCCCUACUCGACCCUUCGACCUGCCAACGUGAUGGGUACCAUCGAUGCUUUGAAGCUGUGCAGUGGAAAGCCUAAGCAGUUCGCUUUCGUCAGUUCCACCAGUGCUUUGGAUAAGGACCAUUUCGUCCAAGAAUCCGAGCGCAUCAUUGCCGCUGGUGGCAAUGGCAUCAGCGAAGAGGACGAUAUGGAGGGCAGCAGAGUUGGCCUCGGCACUGGUUACGGCCAGAGCAAGUGGGCUGGUGAAUACCUUGUCAAGGAGGCUAGCCGCAGAGGCUUGAAGACCACCAUCAUCCGUUCCGGAUACGUUCUGGGUGAUUCGACUACAGGAGUUACCAACAACGAUGACUUCCUCAUCAGAUUCUGUCUGGGCUGCAUUCAAAUCAACUGCCGUCCCAACAUCCACAACACCGUGAACAUGGUUCCUGUAGAUCAUGUAUCUCGUAUUGUCAUUGCCUGUGCCUUCCACCCUCCCCCUGCCGGUGUUGCCCACGUCACUGGACACCCUCGUCUCCGCUUCAACGAGUUCCUUGGGGCACUGGAGCUCUACGGCUACAACGUUCCGCAGGUUGACUAUAUCCCCUGGUCCAAGGCUCUCGAGCAAUAUGUCAACGGUGGUGAGGACGACGACAAGAAGUCUCAGCACGCUCUCUUGCCGCUGUACCACUUCGUCACUGCCGACCUUCCCUCCAACACCAAGGCUCCCGAGCUGGACGAUGUCAAUGCCGCGGCUGCUCUGCGCGCCGAUGCCGCCUGGUCCGGCGUUGACGCCUCCGCCGGUGCGGGUGUGACGGAAGAGCUCGUCGGUCUCUAUGCUUCUUAUCUGGUGCAGACUGGGUUCCUGCCUUCGCCCACGAUCGCCGGAGCUCGUCCCCUGCCCGCCGUCGAGAUCAGCGAGGAGCAGAAGAAGACCCUUCUGAACGUUGGUGGCCGUGGUGGAACGACAUGA